AUGUCACAGGCAGCAAAAAACGUGAUAGUAAAGCUAAUAGUAGGAGCAGGCCAAGCGGCACCAUCACCUCCCGUGGGGCCCGCAUUGGGCUCCAAGGGUAUAAAAGCCAUUGACUUUUGUAAGGAAUUUAAUGCAAGAUCAGCAAACUAUCAGCCAGGUGUACCGGUUCCAGUAUUAAUCACAAUAAAACCUGAUAGAACAUUUACGUUUGAAAUGAAAUCUCCACCAACCGGAUAUUUGCUGCUAAAAGCUCUUAAAAUGGACAAGGGACAUGGACAACCGAAUGUGGGGACAAUGUUAGGCAGUGCACCUGCCAAGGGACCAACCCGUGCUUUAGGAGAGUUAUCGCUGAAGCACGUUUACGAAAUAGCCAAGAUAAAAAAGAGUGAUGAAAGGCAUAGUUUAUUGGAGAUGGAAGGUAUUGUUAAAUCAAUAGUUGGCGUUGCAAAAAGUAUGGGUAUUAAGGUUGUACCUUGA